UUUUUGAAGGAUGUUGACUAAGGCGUUUUGUUAGUAAUACCACGGUUUGCGGAGAUUCCGUGCACGAGAUGGCCUCCCCUGGCUGGGAAGGGUCAAUACCAGAAAUACCAGCAAGUCGGAUGGAAUGGGAUAAAUAUUCUACUGCAGAAACUUAGGAAGAGUCAAAGCCCACCUAAACAAUGUAUCCCGAACCAUUGAAACCCAAGAAACGAUCGUUCUACAGUUACAUCUGGGACACGUGGGAUAAACCACGGGAAGAGAGGAAAUUUCUCGCCAAGCUCGACGCAUGUCUUCUGACCUAUGCGACUUUGUCGUACUUCAGCAAGUAUCUAGAUCAGCAAAGUAUAACGAAUGCCUAUGUUUCAGGGAUGCAAGAUGACCUACACCUACACGGAAAUCAAUUCAACAUUAUCACAACCUCUUGGACAAUCGGCUAUGUCAUCUCACAAAUACCCUCGAAUCUGCUCAUCACCAGAAUCAGACCAUCAAUUUGGGUUCCCGCACUGGAAAUUAUCUGGAGCAUUCUCACCAUAGUUCUGGCGUCUGCCAAGAAUUUCAGCCAAGUCUGUGUCUUGCGGUUUUUCAUUGGUUUGUCUGGAGGGCCGUUUUAUCCCGCCAUGUCAUACGUGAUUGGUAGCUGGUACCAAAGCGAGGAACUAGCCAAGCGUUCUUGUAUACUUCAUACAUCCGCUGCGAUUGGCCCAAUAUUCAGUGGUUUCUUACAGGCCGCUGCCUACAAUGGCUUGAACGGCGUCGGCGGCCUUGCUGGCUGGAGAUGGCUUUUCAUCAUUGAUGGAAUUAUUACGGUUCCCAUCGGUCUCUUUGGCUUCCUCGUCAUGCCAGAUCUACCGCAUAGCACGAGGCCGUCGUUCAUCUACACAGAAAAAGAACUGGUAAUGGCCCAGAAGCGGAUGGAUCUGAUUGGAAGAAAGCCGCCCGCGAAGUUCACCAAGGCUAAGGUCAAGGGAUUUUUCAAGAGCUGGCAUCUUUACGUGCUUGUUACUCUCUUCAUUUUCUAUAAUAAUAGCCGCGGGCCUGCGAACUCGAUGAUAUUCUGGCUCAAGAGCUUCAACACUGAAGGUCAUACGAAAUAUACAGUCAGUCAAAUCAACAUAUAUCCCUUAGGUAUCAAUGUCGUACAAAUUAUCGCCACUUUAAUAUGGGCCUGGUGGUCUGACGCUAUCGAGAAACGAUGGCCUCCGGUUAUAGUCGCUGGGACCUUGAACAUCAUCGUCUGUAUUGUGCUUGCGUCCACGCCGCUCUAUACAAACAUCGCCAGACGCUGGGCGUUCUAUUAUAUGACUCAAGUCACCAACGGCUUAUCCGGUAUCGUUCUCUCCUGGACCAACGAGCUCACUGGAUAUGAUAGCGAGAAGAGGGCAUUUGUGAUCGGUUGUUGUAACAGUUUUGCAUACGUUUUCGAGGCCUGGCUUCCCAUUGUUCUGUUUCCCCAAGUGGAUCAGCCUCGCGUAUUUGUUGGAAAUGUGGCCACUAUCUUCAUCAAUGUAGGCAUGAUUUGCGCGGCACUAGUGACUUUAUACUUCCAGAACCGAGAUGCUAGACGCUCUCUUACAGUGUUGGAUAUAGGCAGUACCGAGAAACAGAUUUCAGAGCUCCAAGAGAACAAAGAGUGAAUAUGCUUUACGACAAUGACAAAAAUGUACAUGAUCUUCGUUGGUACGCAAACUGUUUGGUAUUUGAUAUUGAAAACUGCGCCUAAAUACGACGAGUACUUGGGUUGGUAUCAACAUGACGCGGCCUGCGACGGAUCUAGUCGCUAGGGCAUCAUCACAUAUAUAUGACGGUGCGUAGUCUAAGUACAAAAAAGCCAAGAGCAAGAAAAGGAAUAAGAUAGAUGCGGUAUGCAAA